GUAGGGCCCGGAGGCAUGGGCCGGCCCCGUAGGGCCCGGGCCGGGCCGCUCUGUGGGGGGGCCCCCGAGGGCCGCCUGGGCCGCGCUUAGGCCGCCAUGGAGCAGCCGGCCUCACAGCAGCAUGGAGACUCCGAGCCUGAGGCGGAGUUGCUGGAGGCCACCCCGGAGGCGGUGCAGCGAUGGCUGGGGGACCGGCCCGAGGUGCUGGAGCGGGUGCUGCGGACGGCGCCCCCGGAGCUGCUGCAGCGCGCCCUGGGCACCCCCGGCACCCCGGUGUCCCCCGAGUGGGGCGGCACCUCCCCGUGCAGCACGAUGGUGCGCGUGGGGCCGGGACCCGGGGGGCCCGGGGGAGGAGGCCCCGCCCUCGCCGGCGCCGACCUGGAGGACAAGCACGGCGGCGUGGAGGUGGCGGCCGGCCAGCAGGCCCGCACCAAGAGGAACUCCGUCACCUCCGACCUGUUCCAGAUGUGGCUGGGGGCGUCCCCCAUCAAGCGUUCCAAGUCCCCGAACAGGUCGGUGGGGCAGGCGGAGCGGCUGCGAUCACUGCAGCAGCUGGACGAGCGGGACCUCUUCAUGGAGCUGAUCCGGGACGUGGCCACCGAGCUGGACAUCGACGUGCUCUGCCACAAGAUCCUGGUCAACGUCGGGCUGCUCACGCACGCCGACCGGGGGUCGCUGUUCCUGGCGCGCGGCUCCCCCGACCAGCGCUACCUCGUGGCCAAACUGUUCGACGUAACAGUCGAUACCGAGCUGGAGGAGGCACUGGACAAGGCGCAGUGCGAGGAGCUGCGCAUCCCCUUCGGCACGGGCAUCGCGGGCUGGGUGGCGCAGAACAAGCAGAUCAUCAACAUCACCAACGCCUACGAGGACCCGCGCUUCAAUAGCGACGUGGACAUGCGCACCGGCUACAAGACCAACGCGAUCCUCUCCAUGCCCAUCUGCAACCACGACGGCGAGGUGAUCGGCGUGGCGCAGAUCAUCAACAAGACCAACGGCUCGGACGAGUUCACGGCCCGCGACGUUGAGGUGUUCAACAAGUACCUGACGUUCUGCGGCAUAGGCCUCCAGAAUGCUCAACUGUUUGAAAUGUCCGUCCAGGAAUUCAGGCGAAAUCAGAUUUUGCUGAAUUUAGCCCGCAGUAUUUUCGAAGAACAGAACAACCUGGAGUGUCUGGUGACGAAGAUCAUGACGCAGGCGAGGGAAUUGCUCAAGUGCGAGAGGUGCGCGGUCUUCCUGCUGGCUGUGGAGGACGGCGGUGAGGAGAGUCAUUUGGACCGCAUCUGCGAGAGGCCGGGUAAAUCGAUUGAGGAGCGGAGGCCACUCUGUAGAAGAGAGAGCAACAACAUCGACAUCGAGGAUAUUAUCGCCCAGAGGUCCACCGACAAGAACAUCGUGUUCAACACGGUGUUCGAGCUGCGCGCCAAGGACGAGGACGCGCUCGUGUACCGGCCCACCAGCCGCGACCAGAAGCAGAGCCGGCUGGCGCAGAUCGCCAAGUACGUCGCGGCCACGGGCCAGAUCCUCAACAUCGGCGACGUGUCCUCGUGGAUGAGCCAGGAGGUGCGCGAGAUGGACGGCUUCGUCACCCGGGCCAUCCUCUGCAUGCCCAUCCUCAACGGCCAGAAGACGGUCAUCGGCGUCGCCCAGCUCAUCAACAAGGGGUCGGGGCAGCCCUUCUCGGAUUGCGACGUGACCAUCUUCGAGGCGUUCGCCAUCUUCUGCGGCCUGGGCAUUCACAACACGCAGAUGUACGAGAACGCGUGCAAGCUCAUGGCUAAGCAGAAGGUGGCCCUCGAGUGCCUGUCCUACCACGCCACCGCCUCCAACGACGACACGGCUCGGCUCAGCGAGGAGGCGAUCCCGUCCGCCGAACACUUCAACCUGUACAGUUUUACGUUCGUCGACUUCGAGCUAUCGGACGAGGAUACGUGCCGAGCCACCAUCCGCAUGUUCCUGCAGUGCAACCUCGUCAAGCAGUUCCAGAUACCGUACCAGGUGCUUUGCCGCUGGGUGCUGAGCGUCAAGAAGAACUACCGGCCCGUCAAGUACCACAACUGGAGACACGCCCUCAACGUGGCGCAGACGAUGUUUGCCAUGCUCAAGACGGGCAAGAUGGAGCGCUUCAUGACGGACCUCGAGAUUUUGGGCCUGCUGGUGGCAUGCCUGUGCCACGACCUGGACCACAGGGGCACAAACAACGCGUUCCAGGCGAAGACGGAGUCGCCGCUCGCCAUCCUCUACUCCACGUCCACCAUGGAGCACCAUCACUUCGACCAGUGCGUCAUGAUCCUCAACAGCGAAGGCAACAACAUCUUCGAGGCCAUGUCCACCAACGACUACCGCGCCGUUAUGCGCACCGUCGAGAACGCCAUCCUCUCAACCGACCUGGCCAUGUACUUCAAGAAGAAAGACUCGUUCAAGGAGCUUGUCGACAACGGCGAAUUCGACUGGCAGAGCGAGUCCAAGAAAGACCUGUUGUGCGGCAUGAUGAUGACGGCCUGCGACGUGUCCGCCAUCGCCAAGCCGUGGGAGAUCCAGCACAAGAUGGCCAAGCUGGUGGCGGACGAGUUCUUCGACCAGGGUGACCUGGAGCGCAUGCAGCUCAACCAGCAGCCCGUCGCCAUGAUGGACCGGGAGCGCAAGGACGAGCUGCCGCAGAUGCAGGUUGGGUUCAUCGACGUCAUCUGCCUGCCGUUGUACAAGACGCUGGCCGACACCUUCCCGUGGAUCCAGCCCCUGUACGACGGGUGCGCCUCCAACCGCAGCCACUGGCAAGACCUCGCCGAAAAGGUGGAGAUGGGGCUGACGUGGAUCGACCACGACACCAUCGAGAAGCCCAUCGAGGAGUUCAAGGAGUCCGAGCGCGUGGAGGACAUCGAGCUGACCGUGACGACGUUCAACCGCGCGCAGCCGGAGGACGGCGACGGUCAGGCGCUGCGGCCGAUCAACGGGGCCUCGGAGGGUCGGCACGGCGCGUCGCUCCGCAAGCACCGCGUCGGCCUAGCCAGGAAGGUGCGGGCGCUGGCCGGCGGCGGGGGCGGCCUCGGGGGCGGGGUCGGCGACGAGGCCACCGCCACGCAGCACCGCAAGGCGCGCGCCCGGCUGUGCGCGCUGCUGUGACACGCGCCCGGGCUGGCCGCCGCCGCCCCCGCCGCCCCGCUGCUGCUCCAGUGUGCCGACAAGUAGUGCCUAACCGAGGCGCACCUUCAGCAGCGGGCCGGCGCGCUCACGGCCAGCGACCCGGGACCCAACUCAGCGACUUUGUACACUGGCGGACCGAAGGGAGGAGGACGUUUUACUUUUGAAACGUUUGUGAUUGCGACUCGGGGGCUCAGUGCCCUGCCCGUGGUGCUUGGACGUUUAAGGCCCCGCCGCCGCUGCGGGCGGCCGCCCCCGAAGUCAGCGCCCUCCUCGUCGUCGGAGAUGAUUAACUCGAGCAUAAAGUUUUUUUCAUUGUUAAAAUCCUAGUCAAAAUAGGAGGAGAUAAAAAGGUUUGGACGGAAACGAUAACUGCACAGGGUGAUACCGUACGAGAAGCAGACGGUCAUUGCCUGGGUUAUUGCGAUAUUGUAAGAUAUAUUUUCUAUUUUGUGAUUUGCCAUUCUGCAGGCUGUCAAAUACUCUUAACUGACGGUAUUUCUGAAUUUGUACUCGUCUCUUCCUCUCGUACUUCCAUGAAAAUGUUUCAUAAUUAGUCAUCUCGAAAUAUUAAUUUACCCCUGUCAAAUAUUUUACCGUGUUUUUAUCAGAGGUGAAUGUAUACAAAUAUUCAAACACGCCUGCCGCAAGAAUUGAAAUUCCUCGCUAAAUAAGUCAAAUAUUCAUCUUUUACUGCCUUAGUAGGCAGAUUUUACAGGUAUUUACGCUACCUUUCUAAGGUGGAGAGCUUGCAGACAAUGAUACUCUUGUUUAGAUUCGAUUACCUUGUGUCCUAGAGGCUUUUACAAAUCCUAAACAAUUUUUUUCAUAAUGAAGGAUGGAACUACAGUUACAGAAACAAAUGGAUACGGGGGUGAAAUUGGCCUCUAGAUAAGCUCAGAGAAGGAGUAUUUCUUUCUCUUUCUAACUCUGAAGUUGAAUGUAAUGUUUUAUUAGACUUUGCACAUUAGGAGAGUGCCUCUACUCGAGAGGCUCCCGAAGAAAGUGCAUUUCUUCUGUUAUUGUGAAUGAAGUUCUUUCAUGUUGGUCUCUGUGAUAGUCUAAACUAAGUUGGAGUCUUCUUCCACUAGCAAAUGAGCGUUGCAAUAAUUAAUUGUGUACUUUAAUCUUAAGUACUUUAAGGCCUGGGCCGUUUGAUGCCCUUAUUGGACGCAUUUUUCUUCUUAAGAUGUACUGUAUAGUGAAUUAAGGAUUUUCAUGAUAAUUUCUUCUUGCCAAUUUAUUGAUUGGACUGAUGUCUUAGAUGGACUAAGAACGAUCGUUCGGAAGGGUGCGUGCAUGCAUUCUUUCUCGAAGCCCCCCAAAAUGUGUUGUUAAUAAGGCUAUCUUUUUUAAUAAACGAAGUGCCCACAAGGAAAAACAAAUUUCAUAAUCAGAGCCUUGAAGGAGAAGCCUAAUAACUGUUCAUGUGCAUUUGCCUGUACAUCAAUGCAUUUUUAACACAACAUUUUUAAAUCUGUUCGGAAAAUAGAAAGCCACAUUAUUUGAGAUGCAGUAUCAGUAAUAGUUUCCUUUCCUUGCAAAUUUAAGAUGGUGCUUCAAAAGAUUGUAGAGACAUUAAGGCCCAGUAGGACGUUCUUAUGAGUCAGAAAUUAAAGUCCAUUCCUCACUUGAAUUUUGAUUGCAUUGGUCCUGAACAGGAAUGGAGAAAAUGUAAGCGGUUGUGUUUUGUUUUUAGUGAUAUUACUUUAUGUAAUGCAAGUCUAAAUGUGAAAGAUUAUUUCAAGUUAUUUACAUAAAAGAGAUUUAUAUAAAGCAACAAAGAUGCGCCUUAGAUUUUUCAACUGGUGUUUGACGAUAGUGUUACGUUUUUUGUAUGUAUAAGAAUAAAAUGCUCGUAGAUUACGUGCUGAAUUAAA